GCAACGGUACCUAUUGUCAUCACUGGCAGAUAAGAUAGUUGCUCAACUCUUCGAUUUCGCAGACAUCAACUAUGAGUAUGUGAACAAUCUACCUUGUAAUUCUUAUUUGUGCUUAAUACACGUGCGUGCGAGUAUAGAUAUCGGGCGGAACAUCCUUCAAAUUUUCUCAGUCGUCCCUGUUGUUUAAUGUUAAAUAUCCAGAAAAUCCAACUUUCUUUUCCCCUCAAGAACUUCAACAGUUCGUCCGACAGCCCUUCUUAGUUUGCAGUCAUGUUGGCCGAUGAUUCAUAUAGCACUACGUCUACCAAUGUUGAGCUGGCAUGUAUUCCAGAUGAUACCACUGGCUUGGAGCGCAUAAUGCUUGCGGCACAGGGCGAUUUACAGAGGUUAAUGAGUUCAUAUUUUGGCCGCCCUAUCUUUAUCGAACUUAUCUACGCGCACUGCUCUUCUCGUCUUACGCCAGCAAGUCCAGAGAACCCCAUCACACAAUCACGACAGGUGCAUCUCGUGUGUGCAUCAUGCACUGUCUGCAUUGCAACAUCCACUGUUACCAUCACCUCUCCCCAAUGCGAACGUCUAUUUCUUGACGAAAAAUUCCCAAUCGGGCAGACUUUCCGACGACUUAAUCGUACUCCGAAGUUUAGUCUCCUCAACGUAGAGACAAAAGCAAUCAAUGGAAAGCGUGAACUUCGGAGGACGUAUAAGCUGGAAACCGAGGGCUUCGUUGCAGAAAUCUUGGAAGUAUUUCCGGACAGAGACAUGUUCGUCCGUGGCGAGGCAUGGCUGAUGGAGCGGGGGGCUAACUUAGAUACCACUUGCACUAUCGCAACAGACAAAAAACCCGAGUGGCUGUCCGUACGCAAAGGAAAUGUUGUUCAUUAGGGCUUGAACAACUUCCACAUACAUUAUGUAAUAUGUUGCCUCAUCAUUUAUGCGACAAGGUACUUACUAUAUAGGGGCCUGAGUCAGGCAUCAGUAGCGUAGUCAGCCAAUGGAAAUUCAUUACAGUCGUUUU